UCCCGACGGUCACCAAAAAGAGCCGUUCAAAGAGAGUCGUUCGUUCGCGAAUGACCUACCACUACAACAAAGCAAGAUGGCUGAAGUUGUGGAGCUCCAGAAACUUAAGCUUGCUGAACUGAAGCAUGAGUGUGAAACCAGGGGUCUAGAUGUGAAGGGCAACAAAGUGGAACUGAUCACACGACUACAGGCUUAUCUGGAGGAACAUGAGGAUGACAUGGGCCUAAAUGAAGAUGAUGUUCUGGGAGAAGAGCCAGAGGACCUCACGAAAGAGGAUGCCAUCACUGAGGAUAAUGACAAGAAACCCAUAGUGUCUGAGGAGACGGCUGAAAAGAAAGUGGUAAAAAUCACACCCCCAGCGUCUGUGGAUGAGAGGGUACAGAAAAGAGCAGAACGCUUCAAUAUCCCUGCGUCAGCUGAUGGCAAGAAGGCCACACGUUCUGCCCGGUUUGGUUUGCCCGCUGCUGCACCUCCAACUUCCACCCCAGGCGGUCAGCGUUGAACAGCUAAAAAAGCGAGCAGAGCGAUUUGGCGGGAACGUUUCUUCAGUUUCCAAGAAGGUUGAGGAAGAUGAAAAGCUGAAGAAGCGGAAAGAAAGAUUUGGGAUCCUCGCUGUGGUUACACCUGACGUUGAGGUAUGUUUUCACAUUCUGUAUUGAAUCAAUACAGGUAUUAUACAAUUUCUUUGAUACUUAAUUAGUGGUUACAGUUUUUUCCCACCGGCAAAGAAACGGAAGCGUUCUGAACGAUUUGGAAAUGUGACUGUGUAAAUUGUGGUAUUUACAGAUGUUUUAUGUUUUUAUUUUGUUGCAAACAGAACUGAAAUGUACUGUAUAUAGCUUGGCAAUUAUCAGUUGCAUUACAUUUUGUCAUUAAAGUCGUUUUCAAUUA